AUGAAAAUCAUCAAGGUCGGUGGACUUAGAUCCCAAUUUAUUGACCAUCGUUCUUUGUCGUCGCAGAGUGACAAGCGUUUGGCGUUUCCUUGGCUCGGGUGGAGCAUAUUCAAGCUCUUUUUCAGUUUUGGAGUGUUUAUAUUUUACAUUGACAUCUGGGAUGGGUUUGCCGACGUUUUCAUUGUUUACAUCAUUGAAUGGUUGCUGUUGAUCUACUUCAUCAUAGUGGUGUAUUCGUAUAUCGAAGCCCUUCGUCAAGAUCCUUCGGGAACGAGUGCAGGAUUUUCUCCUCCUCUGACAAGCGGUAACCAAACCCAGAGGGCUGGAAUGGAAUGCCCUCCAUACUUAGAACUCCAGAGCGACUCUGUGUAAACUCAGCAGAACAUUGUAAAAGUGAAAUGGCUGAUACGUUUUGCAUCAUGGUAAAACGAUUAACUUUUGUUAGGAGCCCUAGAAUUAACUGCUUUUUGGUAAAAUUGUUAACUUUUGUAUGCUUCAUAGAAUAAAGCCUUAGAAAAACACA